UUGUCAAUAUACAAAUAAGCUUUGGGCCUCCUCUACAUAUUUCUCCAUCUCUCUCUGUCUCUUGGUAUUUGCCUCUCUUGCAAGUCGCAAGGAGAAAGGGUGAUGGAGGAGACCUUGCUGAUUAAGAACGUUUCCAGAAUUAAUGGAGAUGAAGAGGAAGCUGCAGACAAGGAAGUAGAUGUUCACGGUCAUAGCUCAGCUGCACCAGCAGCAACAGAGUCAUGGAGAAGUUGCCUGGGAUCAUUUGCAGAAGAGGUGAAGAGGGUGGGCUAUCUCGCCGGGCCCAUGGUGGCAGUGAGCUUCUCUCAGUACAUGCUGCAGGUGAUAUCCAUCAUGAUAGUCGGCCACCUUGGAGAGCUUGCCCUCUCUAGCACUGCCAUUGCCGUCUCUUUCUCCAGCGUCACUGGCUUCAGCCUCCUUUUAGGAAUGGCAGGUGCCCUGGAAACACUCUGUGGCCAAGCUUAUGGAGCCGGGCAGUUCCUCAUACUAGGGACCCAAACCCGAACUGCCAUUUUCUGUCUCAACCUCUGCUGCCUUCCAUUGUGUCUCCUCUGGCUCAAUGUUGAGAAACUCCUCAUCCUCGCAGGCCAAGACCCAUCGAUCUCCAAUGGAGCUGGAAAAUUUAUGAAGUACCUGAUUCCUUCCCUCUUUGCUUACGCCAUCCUGCAGCCUCUCAUUCGCUUCUUUCAAAUGCAAAGCCUAGUAGCUAUAAUGCUUAUGAGCUCCAUUGGGACCCUCCUUUUCCACAUCCCAAUCUGCUGGAUCUUGGUGUUCAAGUCAGGGCUUGGGAAUCUUGGGGCAGCACUGGCAAUUAGCAUUUCAUAUUGGGUGAAUGUGGUUUUCUUCGUGCUGUACAUUAAGUUCUCGCCUGUGUGCACAAAGACGUGGGGGUCCAUCUCAACGGAACUGUUCCAUGGGGUAGGGCAGUUCUUUCGCUUUGCUGUUCCCUCUGCUUUGAUGGUCUGUCUAGAGUGGUGGUCAUAUGAGCUGCUUAUUUUGCUCUCCGGGCUUCUACCAAAUCCAAAACUCGAAACUUCUGUUUUAUCCGUGUGUCUAUCCACAGUUUCAACACUCUACACAAUACCCUAUGGGCUUGGCGGUGCUGGGAGCACGAGAGUCUCAAAUGAAUUAGGAGCAGGAAAUCCACAGGCAGCUUGGCUUGCAGUUUAUGCCAUGAUGUCCCUUGUGAUAGCAGAGAUGAGCAUUAUCAGCACAAGCCUGUUUGCUGGUAGACGUGUUUUCGGCCACCUAUUUAGCAACAACGAGGAAGUUGUGAAUUAUGUCAUGAGAAUGGCUCCUCUUGUAUGUGUCUCUGUCAUCCUCGACAGCUUACAAGCAAGUCUUUCAGGAGUUGCUAGAGGAUGUGGGUGGCAGCAUGUAGGAGCAUUCGUUAACCUUGGUGCUUUCUAUCUCUGUGGAAUCCCCAUAGCAAUCAUUCUGGCUUUCUGGGUGAAGAUAAGGGGAAUGGGCCUUUGGAUUGGAAUACAAAGCGGUGCUUUCGUGCAAACUCUUCUUCUAGCAAUCAUCACAAGCUGCAUCAACUGGGAAAAAGAGGCAAGCAAGGCAAGGGAGAGGAUAUCUGAGGGAAGCCAUUCCAUAGAUUCGGGAUUGUUUUGAUUGCAACUGUCUAAGCUUAAGAUGGAUAUUAGCAGGUUAAUAACUAUAGAUUGCACUACAACUCUGAUGAUGGGGUAGCUUUCGGAAUUAUAUCAGUGUAAGGUCAUUUUUCAGCGGUCUUAGUCAUGAUCUCUAGUGAGUGGCUCCACUUUGUACGGAAAACUGAAUAAAAAGAUCAUGGAUAUAAGUCCACCCUUUUCAGAGGGCAAACAUGAACUUCCGAGCUCUUGGCGCUGGAAAAGCUCAUUAGCUACUGGUUCUCUUUCA